AAAAAUCAAUGCCCUAAAUUCAUGGUGUUUAGCAAACCCAUUUCCUGGUUUUGCCACUGUGUAUCUGUUUGAGUAAGCUGCCUGUACUGACUGUAAACACAAGUGACCGGAAGACUUUUUUUAACCUCACGAUAAUUCUUUAACUUGUGACAAUUGCUUAAUUUUGUUUGGGAGUGAGUGUUCAGCAAAAACCCCAAAUUUCUGCUGUCUUAUGUUAAAGACAAAAAAUGAUUACAUCCUUGAAGAUUUUGGGGUUUUGUUUUCCUCUUACUAUUCGACUUUUGAAAAAAGGAAGUGUGUGAAUAUAUGUAGAUAGGUGAACUUUGAAAAUCCAAGCACGUACACAGAACGAGUAUAAACUUUUAGCUUUGACACAGCAUUUUUUGUUAGUAGUAAGGGAAGUCCCAAUGUUAUCUAAUCCUCUUAGUUAACCAAAGCAUUUAUUGGCUUAGUGAAGUUGCUCUUAAACUGGAAGCUUCCUCUUCAUUCUGGGAAUGUUUUUGUCAUUUGUUCUUACUGGAAGGGGAUUUGUUUCAGCCUGUGACUUCAAAGUGAAGAAGCGACUAAAGAGAUAUGCUGCUGCUUAAUAAUUCCCAGGGAUAAUGAUUGCUCAACUCACAUUUGCUCAUUCUGGUUUUCUCUUUGGAAAAGGAUUCAUACAGCACAAGUGCUGUAAAUGCUAACCAGGCAGUACCCCCUCCCGCGAUCUGAUUCUCCUCUUCCUUUCUGGUGAGAUUUGAUGUAGUGUUUACUAGAAAGCAUUUUCUUCACUAUAAAAAAACCUGAAGAAUAGUGUUUAACGUUUCAUUUUUUUUUGUUUGUACUGCCCUUCUCAUGUUGCCACAUUUUCUCAGUCUAACAGGGCCCUUCAGUAUCUGAUCAUGCCUGAUACCGUUAGAGAGGUUCCCUAACUCUUCUGGAUUGUCUGUGCAGAGUUUGUAGACGUUGCUGUCCUCUCUGCUACGGUACGUGCAGAGGUCACAGGCACUGUUGCGGGUAUCACAGUGGGCUCUGGUUACUCUCUACAGCAGCCCCUGUGGAUGUUAGAAGAAAUUCCAGAGAACCAGAUGUGCUCUGAGGCAUGGUUUGGUCUGGAUCAGUUGGCUACACCUUUUAGCCCUUCUGGUGAUGAAGGCAGCUUUGUAAAGCUGGGUGUUAACUUCAGUCACUGAUCUUGGGUUUCACCUGCAGUCUUUAGAGCCACAAAAUAGUUUUACGCGUGUAGCACUGCGUAUUAAAUACCAAAUGUGACCAAUACACAAACUACAUAUGCUAGGUAUGCUACAAUACACUGUAACUACUACAGCUAAUCCUUGCAGUCCCAGGGAACUGCUGUUACCCUGUAGGCCUGUGUUACUCUAUCUCCAUUCCUAACAGUAGGCCAUAAGCUUUGUACUGAGUCUGCCAGGCCUCAGGGAUGAGGUUGGCCAGGCCUGCUCUGUCUAAACUUUUCUUGGCCUGCCUGCACCUCGGUGUUAUUUGGCUUGUCUCUGGCAGCAAUUUUGCUGACUGAUCAGUUUUCUAUAGCUAAUUUGUUUUAUUUUGGUUAUCUUUGCAUGGUACCACCAUGAUUUUAUGACUGGCAUAAUGGUGUAAUGCAGACAAAUGCAGGCUUGGUAUAAUAGCAAAAGAUUCUUAGUUUUAUAUAUAAGCUCUGCUUCCUGCUUGUCCAUAAAAAAUACUUUAAGUGUACCUGUCAUUAAGAUUAGUCUAACCUGUAUUCUUCCUUCAGCAUGCUGAAGGUAAAUGCACCUUUUUUUACAGUUCCAUGAAGAUGUGUGUUUGAAAACAGGGGAGACGUGCAGCAAACCCAAAUAUGGCUAUCCUCAGGAAGGAUGCAGUUGUACUGUGCAUGAGAUGCUCUUUGUUCCCAGUAUGGAAAAUGUUUCCAUAUUUUGUUUCCAAAUUCCAUUUCCAUUUACAGGUGUAAAUUUGGCGGUAAAUUUGUAGGUCAGUGCGUAAAUGCUGUUCAGAGCAUACACCAGAAUACAGUAAAGCAUUCCAGCUGUUGUGUUCCAAAUCCAGCUCUUUUUGUCUUUGUGUUUUGAAAGGUAUCCAGCACGCAGAGGACAGUAACACAGGGCAUGGCGCUGUGAUUCUGGCUGAAAGGAACAGUUCCGCAUGUCAGGGGAACUGGGCAGAUCUGGCAGCCCAAGAGAGGUGAGGCUGCCUCAGCCCCAUGUCCACAGGUCCAACCAGCGUGAGCUGAGCGUGUAUUCCCGGUAUGGACAUGCACACAGAACUCACAUAUACACCCCAUUGCAUACAUACAUACACACACGGCCAGCCACACGGGUAGAAUCAUAGAAUCGUCUAGGUUGGAAGGAACCUUUAAGACCAUCAAGUCCAGCCAUUAACCUAUCACUGCCAAAACCACCACUAAACCAUGUCCCUAAGCACCUACCCGUCUUUUACAUGCCUCCAGGGAUAGUGACUCAGCUGCUUCCUUGGAAUGACACAGACCCACGGACCACCCACAGGAACAGCAUCAACAGCUUCAUCCUGUUCCUCUCUCUGACAGAGUUCUGCUGGCGGGAAUAUGUAUACAUAUGUACAGGGUGGAUUCCUCCCGUAGCUGUGCUCAUUCAGUCUGCCCUCUGGCUGACCCUGGAUCCCAGUCUCCCAGUCUAGCAUCUAGGCACAUGAGCCAGGAGGCGUGCAGCCCUUCUCCAGUUACUGCUACUGACAUAAACCCCAGUCCCCCCCGCACGCCUCCACCCAGGGCUGGCCAGGACUCCCGUGAUCCCACAGCACCGAGCCCCAAGGUCUCUCCCUUAGAGACAUACACACCCCAACGCCUCUAAGCGGGUCUGUCCCAUAGAGAGUCCCCAGACGCCGUGGUCUCUCCAGCAGCUGCCUAGGACUCCCUUGGUCCCCCUGAUAGGGUCCCAGCUCCUCCUGUGAUCUUUCCUUCAAAGACCCCCACCCCCUGCCUCCCUGGGCAUUGCGCAUAUGCACUGGCUCAUCCGGCUGGGUCUUUUCUCACACACUCACACACCCUCUUGCUCUGGCUCCCAGGGAACAUCGGCCUUUGAUCCCCUGUCUCAUCCCAGGGACUGGCAUUUGGUGUCACUCACAUCUCCCCAGCUGCCGGCACCCAGGCACCGGGGCCCUCUGCCCCAUGGUCCCAGUCUAGCUGCUGGCACUCAGACCUGCGCCUGCUCCAGCUGCUGCUGCCACAGAUGUGGGGGCAGCUACGGCCGAGGUCUUGGUGCAGGUGCUGGCACUGAAGUCCACUCCGGUGUCUAAUUGCUGCAUCAUGGACAUGAGUCCUCUGAUCCAUGGUAUGACUCCAGUUGCUGGCACUCAGACCCCCAUAUACGUACAUUCCCCCCGCCAUCACCCCCCGAAUAAAGAGUCCCACACGCGUGAAAAGAGUCAGAAAGCAAUUUAACGAGAGGACAGACUGCACUAACUGGGCACAGGGCAUGGCCAGACAAGUGCAUCAACUAGCAACUGUUUUUUAUAUGCAAGCAGUCCUUUUUAUUCCCUUAUGCCUCUGUUGUCUCACACUUGUUCCUUCCAAAGUCACUUAGAUCUAUCCCUUUUCCCACCUUUGGUUCCUCCCUUAAGCAUCUCAUAGCAAGCCCUGUGCAAUGCCACAGUGCUCUUCCCCUGCAUCCCGUAAUGUGUCCCACAGCACACCACCAGCUCCCUCAGUCUGAAAGGUGCUGUGGUGCUGGCUCAUCCUGCUGGGCUUCAGACCUGGAGCUGAGGCUGUCCUGGGAGGGGCCCAGGCAGGCUGUCCCUUCCUCUGAGUCUCUUAUUUGGCUUCCCACCCGCCCUGGGGCCUCUGUGCUCCUCUGUGCUUGCUGGGGUGGGUCUCUGAUGGGCUGGUAACUCCUGUGAUGUGCCUGGGAGCAGUAGGGUGUUAUUUGGGUUCCCCACCUGCCAUUGCCUCUCUGUGGGGGUGUGGAGGAGCUUUUAUCGGAGAACCUGAUGUUCCACAUCCUCCUUUCUGAGAGGCUCACAUUAUAUAAUUUCGGAAGAUUUGGACCCAAGUCAGUGAAUGAAACCCAUCUUUGUCAAGCACCUCCCCAGCAAUGUGCCAAAAAACUGGAUAGCUUCCACGUAGGCUUCUCAACCACCUGCUGGUUUAUGGCCCAUAGAAAUGUUAACUACGUAUUACAGACGGCAGUACCUGAUAAUUCCGGCAUAGAGAGCACAAGGGUGUGGCUGUCCUUGCCCUCCUUCAGUACACGUCUGUGCCACGUACAUGGUGCCACGGGUUACAGCUUUGAAUUUGUUCUAUAUGCCACUCUGUAAACGUACUCGCUAGUAAACUGUUAUCACAAUGGCUCCUCGGUUCUGUGGUAGAUUAAUGUCCUGAUUAAUAUUCUCAUUUUGGGGUUUCUUUCUUUUGGGGAAGUUGCGGCAGAGAUCUUGUUAGGGUUAUGUUUCACAACAUAACAAACAUUUUCACAGCAAAGAAACCGUGUGCCACACUGUGUUAUCAAAUUGUAUUGUCAGGUUAUUGAACUGGAGUUCUAUCCCUCUGCAAGAUCUUUAAGUGGCAGAGAACAGAGUUAUUUAAGUAAAGUCGGACUGCCUCUUUCUCUCUGGAGAAGCAGCAAAUAGCUCCUGGAUUUCACAGACAUCCCGGAUGCUGCGUAGUCAUCCAAAAAUCCAGCCCUUUGACAUCAGUCUUCCUCCACCUCAACAGGUGUCACCAGGCAAGCCAUCCGUUUGGGGAGCGAAGGACGUGAUUUCACGAUGACACAGCGGCGGUGCCCGCUUUCGGUUUUGUUUCCCGAGAGCCUGUGGCUUUCAGGAAUGGACGAGUCUCCCGGGAGGGCUCCCCGGGGCUGGGGCGCUGAGCAGCGCGGGGCUGUCAGCCGGGCGACGGGGCUUUUCGGGACGCCUUUCCGCGGAGAAGCGCCGACCGGAGGGUUUCCCGGGGCGGCCUCCGACCACCGAGGCGCAGCGGGGGCGGCCGGCUAAGGCCUGGGCCGGGGUCUAACGCAGCGGGGCCGACCCGUGAGGGAGGGCCGGGCCGGGCCGGGCCGGGCCGGGCAGGGCUGGGCUGGGCUGGGCUGGGCUGAGCCCCGCUCCGCGCCGCGCCGCAGAGCCACAGCCGCCGGGGGCGGCCGCCGGGGGAGGCGUCCCGCAGCGCCCCGAGGGCCCGCGGAGGUAAGGGGGGAGCCGGGCCGGGGGUCGGCCGGGAGGGUCUCUGCCUGCCCGGGCGGGAGCGGGUGUUUGUCCGCCCCCCCGCCCCACCUCCGGCACCUCCGGCUGGCCCCGGAGCUCAGCCCGGCCGGGGGCUGCCGGCAGCGGGUGUCCCGGGGUGGAUCCGCAGGGACCCCCGUCCUGCCCUGCCGCGACCCUGGCUUCCCGGGGGCUUUCUCCCUAAAGGCUAUGGCGGUCACAGGCUUUGCUUAGGAGUACCCAGUGACAGGCAAGACAGAUAUUUGGGAAAUCUGGGAAACCUGUUGCAGAACAGAGGUCAAACAAGCAAACGAACAAACAGCAACAGCGGUAUAUAACCGUGCUGUUAAACGUGUGUGUGUAUACAUAUAUAUAUAUGUAUAUAUACACACACACAUGUAUAUAUACAUAUUAAAAAAAAACCCCACCAAACCAAAGCAAAACCCCAAACCAAAAAAACUUGUUCUGGUCUUUUGUUUGCUACUAAAUACUCAAAUGGGAAAAGCAACCCUGCGACCUCAAGGCAAGCAACGGGAAAGAGGAAACUAAAUUUCUGACAUUGAAAGCUAGCGACAUCAAUGGCUUCUGUGGUCUCACAGUAUUUUACAAAUUUGUUUCCGUUUCUUUUGGUUGCACCUUUUUUUUUUUUUUUCCUUUUUCUAUGAGAAAAUGUCAUUAAACCUGUUUUUAAGCACAGAAGAAAUCAGUGGAAAUUAACCUCCAUCGGUCUCACCUAUUGCGGAAAUCCACCCCCUCAACCUCCUAAGAUACUGUGAGUGGGCUGUCAAGUGGAACGAAGAAAAUACUUCCUGAAAACUUUGAAGGGGUCAUUUCACAGCAGUUUAACUCUUCUGAGAAUCUCAACCCUUUUUUGAGAUAUGCAAAGACAACAUAAGUGUGUGAACUUACACUGAAACAUACGUUUAAAAUUGUAUUUUGUGCUGUUGACCAAGUUAUCCCACUACGGUCUGCAAGUUAACGUGAGUACGUCCUUUGGCUUCUAAUACUUGGGUUUGGGCUUGGGUUUUUUUCUGUACUGACUGACUUCUACAAUCAAGAAAAAGAAAAAGACAGCGCUCUUCGUUUUUUGCUAAGCUAAUGCAUUGGCUUGACAACUCUUCUUGCACUACACAGUGGCAAGGCACGGGGCCUUCAUUGUGUUCAAAUCUUAAACAGACAAUAUCUGUUCUUACCAGCAACAGGUAGGCAAUGCUCUUCCCAUUAUUCCUACUUACAACCUUUGCAGACAUGAGUAAGUUGUGUAGCAUUUUCCAGUCAUUGUUAUCAGCUGUUUGGCACCACUUGGGAUUAGUACAGUAAGGACCCCCAGUUUGUGUAGACGGAUGACUUCUUGCUAUUGGUACUCCAAGGACUUGCUCACAUACAGCUUUGAUCAGAUGACACGUUUCUCAAAAUGCCUGUGGCAUUUUAUGUACUCAUUUUCCCAACAUUUCUGUCUCUGGUUACAGUGAACCACUAUUAGCAAUAGAGAAUUUUCCCUAGUGGGGAAUUUUCAAAUAGUGGGGAAGUUUCCUGAAGAAGUAGGUGGAGUUACAUCAACAUUUAAGUUCUGUCACAAGAAGUCUUUGGGCAAAUAGUUCUGCUUUUCCUGUCUUCUUCAUUUGAUUGGGAGGGAAACAUAAAGCAGCAAUACUGAAGAGCAUUUUGCACAGCGAAUAUCUUUUUGCUUUUAUAAAACUGUGUUUGCCAUAGAUGUCAGAAGCCAGCAGGAGGAGAGAAGAAGCAUUGUGAUAGGUUCUGUGAGAAAAAUUGUAAGAAGAUUGCAGCUUUGGUAAAAAACUUCAACUGGCAUCCAGCUGCUUCAACCAACCCAGCCAGAGGUUCCUUCUGCUCAAGGUGAAACUGGAUAAGGGUCUGUCAUGGUUAUUGCAGCAGGUUUUUGCAUGUGCUUCUGGAUUUGAUGUGCACCUACUUUUUUUUCUCUCUGAAAGUGAAAAAUUGAGUACAGCAGCAGACUUUCUCAGUCUUGAGGAAUUUUGUAAGUAAUAGUCAUACUUCUUUUGUGUGUAGUAAGGCUUGUUUUCUUCUACAGUGGGAGAAAACAUGCAAAUUAAAGGUCAGCAAUUGCAGGAUACAACCGUGGGUCUUGGAACCAUAAAAGCUUACUUCUUGUCAUCCGUCUUCCAGGAGUUAAUCCAAACACCUCUCCUGGAGUUCAUACCAACAUUGACGUUUCCUGACAAAAAAGUGGGUAUGGGUUGCAUGCAUGGGUAGGGAUAUCUUUCUGUGGCUGUAGUAUAUGUGCUAUUAUUUGUUCUGAGCAGUCUCUCAGCUACUUUAGCAAAAAAAAGUAGAAAGUGUUUUGUGGCUGAGUGUGCUACAAGUCAGCAUCUCGCUCUUCUGCAGGCUUGCCUCUAGAGUAAGCCUGGUCAGAGCAGCCUGGUGAGAUCGGUGUGCCUCUGCCUUGUUUGAGAAGCUUUGCUCUGGAGCUCAGUUGGUGCGCUGGACUGUUUGUCACUCAGGCAGUGGCAUCGUGAUGGAGGUUCUAUCUACAUCAUGGAAAAGUCUUUGCUUUUGUAUACAUUUUUAUUCUACUGGCAUUUCCUAAAUGCUUUGUUCACAGUUGAAGCUCCCCGGACACUCUACACUGUGGAACACGGGAACAACGUGACCAUGGAAUGCACAUUUCCAGUGAAUGGGAAAUUAAAGUUUAGAGAUUUAAGUGUCAGCUGGGAAAAGAAAGAUGAGUUAAAGAAGCAGGUUUAUGUGCUUCUCAAAGGAAAGGAAGACUUCAAAAGCCAGCACAGUGACUUUAGGGGAAGAAUAAAAUUGUUGAAAGAGAAUCUGAACUUGGGACAGUCUCUCCUUCAGAUCACUGAUGUGAAGCUCAGAGAUGCAGGGUUUUACCGCUGCCUUAUUGGCUAUGGGGGAGCCGACUACAAGACGAUCAAUCUGAAAGUUAAGGCUCCUUAUAGAACUAUAACCCAAGGAGUGGUGAGCAUAGGAGACAACAAUUGGAAGUUGACGUGUCAGUCAGAAGGAUACCCACAAGCUGAAGUGAUAUGGCAAAACAGAGAAUAUGAAGAUUUGACUGAUAAGGCAAACACAAGUUAUGAAACUGGAAGUGACCAGCUAUAUCGUGUGACAAGUACCCUUACAAUCAAAAGCAGGACUGAUGAGGUUUUCUACUGUACAUUCUGGAAUAAAGAGCUGCAAGAAAAUACAUCUGCCAUUUUACGCAUAGCAGAUUCAGCUGAUGGUGUUCUGUGGACUGAGAGCAGACGCUUUGUUGGAGCAAUUCUCAUUGUGACUGCUUUGUUUGGAUCUGUGCUUCUAUGUACGCUCUGCAUAAAAAAAGCUAGAGCAAAUAAGAACAACAGAACACCUGUGGCUAGUUCAUCAAUAGCAAAGUUGUCAAAAGAUAAGGAUACACAUGACUGCAGAGAUGCUGCUUUUGAAGACGAAGAGCUGAAAUAUAUGCAAAUUGAGAAGACCUAGAGAAAGCACGGGAAGCUUUUUUUCCUCUGCGGUGAAGUUUUGACAGCUCAGAUGUUCUGUGUUCUGUCUGUUAAGGGGGAUAUUAAGUUUUUGUUUUUGUUGUGUGAUGGCAAUCUUCUUCCAUAUCACGUUAAGUCAGGAAAAACUGCAAUGAAGUUAAUAGAAUUAUUAUUCCAUAAAAAGUCCUUGGAUUCAGGCUUCUGUACAUGUGACUAGGUUUGGAGGUAUUUAUUUAAAUAUCCAGGUUUCUGCUUUCUCAAGUUCAUGCACUUUCAAAGACACAUUUCAUUAAAAAUAUCUUUAAGGUUGAGCACUUUAGGUCUAUGACCGUCAUGAAUUUCAUGGCCAGUUCUUGAAUAGACCAUCUUCUGGCUUUUUUUUUUUUUACCACUUGAGCUCUUGGUUCCCUGUAGAGAUUUUGUAUUCCAGCUUUUGGAGGAUUUUUUCAAUACUUUGAUCCUCAUAAAAGAUAAAGGUGCAACAAGACGGGAUGCCAUACAGACAGGGCGUUUUCUGUCCUUAGUGUAGAUCUUAAAAUACAAGAUACUCACAGCUAACCCUGAAAAAGCUGCUGUAACCCUCUUGGCAACUAUGGCUUGGAAAUUAUUAGAUAACACUGAACUUCUUGAUCUCUUUCUCUGAAAUGUGUUUUGGGGAUUUAAUUUCCUCGUGAUAUAGCUGGCACUACUUGGUUACUGCUCAUUACUCUUCAGAUUUGCCAUUUGGGGAUAAGACAACUCUUCAGACAUUCAGGAAGAACCGCUCUUCAUUUGGACUUCCUUUUUGUUCAUCGUGGGCGUAGAAGGAGAACCUUCUCACUUCUAGCACAUGAAGUACAUGCUCUUGUGAUUCCUUAAGAAAUGCUGAGGGAACAUUCCAUUUCUUAAGCUAUUGCUGUGUUAUAUUUUGCUAGUUGCAUAGCUUUUUGGGGGGGUCACACACAGGUGGAAAAUAUUUAUUACAAGGCUAUUCACAGUUAUAUUUUUUUAAUAAAA